AUAAAGUUGAUAGAAUGAUGACUUUCUCCGUUUGAAAAGAAAGCCCUCCCAACGCCGGCGCCCACUGCUUCUGCCCGGCAAAGUACGUUUUGCAUAAAGAAACCUAGGUAGACCCACCUGCAAUCUCCAUAUUGCCCCUUCCAUUGCGGAACACACUGUUCUACUCAAUGAGGGUGUUAUAGGGAUUUCGUCUCAACGAAUAGCACAGAAAUGUGAGUCGAUUUGGAGGGCAUUCUUGUAAUUUCGAUUGCCAACGUUUACAAAAUGGCCUUGGCGUGCUUCUAGAUUAGAUGGUCUUCAAAGCUAGAAAAAGCUUCGCCGAUGAAGAGGUCGUUCCCAGCAAUACCAAAAACCUCAUAAACCUCUUUUGUUUUCGCUUUUCCAGACUGUGAGUAAGAAUUCGUGAACAACGAACGAGUCAAGUUAAUGGCGACUCAGUUCCCGGACGAUUUCAAGUGCCCGAUUUCUCUCGAGAUUAUGUCUGACCCGGUUAUACUAUCUUCGGGUCACACAUUUGACCGGGCUUCAAUCCAACGGUGGUUAGACGACGGCCACCGGACUUGCCCAAUUACCAAACUGCCUCUCCCUGAAUACCCUUCUCUCAUCCCCAACCACGCUCUCAGGAGCUUGAUUUCCAACUAUGCCCUCGUCUCCCCUCUGAAAUUACAUCAUCAGCCCCUCCGGGAACCUCAAGCCCUAAUCUCCACGCUUACUUCGCCGUCUUCCACGCUCGAUUCCAAGCUUGACUCGCUUGACCAACUCACCCGGCUCUCGAAGCGGGACGCUGCGUUUCGGUCUAAGCUGACUGAGUCGGGUGCCGUGACCGCCGUGCUCAGGUGUGUUGGCUCGAACGAUCCGACCCUACAAGAGAAAGCGCUUUCUCUGCUGAUUAACCUUAGUCUGGACGACGAUAACAAGGUGGGUUUGGUGGCCGAAGGCGCAAUUGGUCGAAUCGUGGCGGCUUUGCUUGGUGGUGGGUCGCCUAAUUGUCGAGCCUUGGCGGCCACCAUGCUGACGAGCUUGGCGGUAGUGGAAGUGAACAAAGCUACGAUUGGAGCAUACCCAUAUGCGAUUGGGGCUUUGGUUUCGCUUCUCAUGGACGGUAAAGGCCGAGAGAAGAGGGAAGCAGCCACGGCGCUUUACGCUAUCUGUUCAUUCCCUGAUAAUCGGAGGCGAGCUGUGCAAUGUGGGGCGGUCCCGAUUUUGAUGAGGAUUGCCGAUUCUGGGCUUGAUAGGUCCGUGGAAGUUCUGGGACUACUGGCUAAGUGCAAAGAAGGGAGAGAAGAGAUGGUGAGCUUUAAUGGUUGUGUGAGGAUUUUGGUUAGAGUUUUGAAGAAUGGUAGCUCCAGGGGUAUUCAGUAUGCACUCCUAACGUUGAACUCGCUAUGUUGUUAUAGCGAAGCAACAUGUCUAGAAGCCAGAAAAGAAGGGGUUUUGGAGCUUUGUAUGGGAUUGUUGGAUGAUGAUAAUGAGAAAAUUAGAAGAAAUGCUUCGAAUUUGAUUCAGGUUCUUAGUGGGAACUACUCCAUGAGGUGAAAGCAAUCGAAUCAACAGCUGUGGUAGAUUAUAUUCGGAGAUUAAAUCUGAAUGCACGUCGAUUUUGCGGGGUUGGUUUAGCACCCAGUGGAGGUGAGUUGGGCUUUUGUUUUAUUGAUUUUGUUACCUUUGUUGUAAUAGUUUUUUAUUUGUACAAAAAAGGAAAAAGAUUAGAUUUUGAUUGGGAUAGGUUCUUUGUAUGUUGUACAUUCUAAAUAAAUAUUGCAAAAGUUGGCCUA